AAGUUAUAAUUUACUUUAAUUUAAAAAUAUCAAACAAAAAAUUAUAGAAUAUUGUGGGUUUUGAGAUCAUCAUGAGCCCUAUUGUUCUAGGCAAGAACAGUGCAAAUUUAGUCUCUUUACAAGUUAUCUUAUCUUCUUCACCUAGCAAUCUUAUCUUUUUCUCACUGUUCUCUCCCCAAUCCUCCUCUCCUUUGCAGAACCAAAGCCUAAAAAUUUAACUGAAGAAACCUACAGUUUUUCGGCAACCAGUGGUGGUGGCGCCUAAAGAAAAGAAAAAUAUAAAACAAAACUUAGUACACAUAUAUAUAAAAAGGAGAGGAUAUGUGACCUUAAAACAUGCGACGGUCACCGGUGAUUGAGGCCGCACGCGGUGGUCAUGAAGGAGAGAUAUGGAGAGAGAAAGAGACAAGAGAUCUUAGUAGGGCUUUGAUUUCAGAUCUGUAAAGAUAUGAAAGUAGAUUGGGUUUAGAGAUGGAUUAGAUCUUGGCUGACUGUUAAAGGGAGAAAAUGAGGAAGGAAGUGAGAAAAAAGAAAGUGAAAGUAAAGUGAGAAGGAAAUAUGAGGGAUUAAAGAUGAGUAUUCCAUUUGAAAAUUAGAGGGAAUGGUUGAAAAUUUCUAAAUUAAGGUGGGGGGAAAGGUUUUGGUGGAGAGUCGGAAUGCGAAGGAGGCGGAUAGAUGCAAAUUUGUAGAGGAGGCUGGGAGGGAAUGAAUGAAAUUACUCAAA